UGGUCUGUCUGUGUCAUUCAUACUUGUCAAACUAUUUCUCAGUAAAGUAAUUUCAGUUUCAUUAUCUGGAAGAUUUUAUUUGAAAAAAACUGCAGUUCACACUGCGGUUAUUAACGUAAUUAUGAAAGAGCAGCGUUCAGAUCUAUGUUCCCGCUAUACAAAAAUACUUAUUGUUGUAAGUUGCUACUGGAUUGUGUCCAUAGCCACAGUAUUUGUGAAUAAAAGUCUUUUGAGCAGCCAGACUGUGGCAUUAGAAGCGCCGUUGUUCAUCACAUGGUUCCAGUGCAUCGUGUCGUUCACAAUAUGCUGUACACUGAGCAAUACUGGUGGAAUACCAGGGAUUUUUGUAUUUCCCAAAGGCACCCCUUGGAGCAUUACAGUUGUUAGACAGGUUCUGCCUCUCUCCGUGAUGUUCACACUCAUGAUAGCAACCAACAACUUAUGCCUGAAAUAUGUCGGGGUACCAUUCUACUACGUCGGCAGGUCUCUGACCACUGUCUUUAAUGUGAUAUUCAGCUAUAUACUCUUGGGACAAGCAACCUCAUCCAAAUGUAUUAUGUGCUGUGGGUUUAUUAUCUUCGGCUUUUAUUUAGGGGUUGACCAAGAAAGCCUAUUGAGUUCAUUUUCACUACUAGGAACAAUUUAUGGUGUUGUUGGGUCAUUGAUGUUGUCUCUCUACUCCAUCUACACUAAGAAGGUCUUACCAGCUGUUAACCAGGAAGUCUGGCUGCUCUCUUACUACAACAAUGCAUAUUCCAUCAUGUUAUUCAUACCACUAAUUGUAAUUAAUGGUGAACUGACUGCAUUGUGGAACUAUUCUAACUUUGAUAGCACCUAUUUCUGGUUCCAAAUGCUUAUUGGAGGACUAUGUGGUUUUGCCAUAGGAUAUGUCACAUCAUUGCAAAUUCAGGUGACAUCACCCUUGACCCACAAUAUAUCUGGUACUGCCAAGGCAUGUGCCCAGACUGUGAUAGCCACUCAGUGGUACAACGAAUCAAAGAAUACCCUUUGGUGGGCCUCUAAUCUUAUAGUAUUAGCUAGUAGCGCAUUGUAUGCUAGGUUUAAGCAGGUUGAAAUGGAGGAAAGGUCAAGGAAACCAGUACCUGAAGAUGAAAAGAGUUUAGUAUGAUGCUUUUUGCUGAUACUAGCAUAAAUGGAAAGACUGUGUUAAGAAAUAACAUAUUUUAUGUGUUAUGUAAAAUUGUUUUAAGAAUUUUUGAAUUUGUGUUAUUAAAAUCAUAGGUAACUUAAACUAUUAAAAAUAGUUUUGUCAAAAAAUCUGAAAACAGUCAAUAGUCAACUCAAUUUAAAAUAUCCGAUUAUUUAUACCUAGUUUAAUUACGUUAUGUUUAAUUAGUUACAACUAAACUGGUUGCUGUAGAAAAUCAAUUUUUACAGCAGCUACGCUGUACGUAUGACGUAUGCCGACGUAUGAAACAUUUUUAUUCUGUAUUAAUUGGAUUAUUGCAGCUGGAUACAUAUGAAUUUCCAUAUAUUAUAUUGUGCAUUGCAUUUUUUAAUUCCUAAGAUUUUAGCCAAUCUGAUCUAUUUAUAAGUAUGUAUGUAACCAUAGCUGGGCAUUAACUCGUUAAUCCGUUAAUCGUUAAUUAACGAAGUUAACAUUUCUAUUAACGGAUUAACUUUUAAGUUAACUUUAAAAAUUGUUAACGGACUCGUUAACUUCCGUUAAAGUAUCCUAAGUCCGUUAAUCGUUAAUCCAGUACCUACUAGGUAUUUAUCAAAAAGAUACAGCAGGCACGCUGAAAAACGCGUUCUGACAAGUACGUUCGGGCUUCCAGAACUUCCAGAACCCAAAGCAACAGUUUUUGUAAUCAGAUCACUAACGCAACGAUAUAUUAAAAUGCAUUUUUUUAUUUAUUUACAACUGAAUUUAAGACCGUUCUCAACCGAUUAAGCUGUAUGGUAUACUUAUGUAAUUAUGAUGACAAUGCAAUGUUAUUGUUGACGAUGGCCACCUAGAGUAGGUACAACUUAGCUAGAUUUAAAUAUUAUUAAUUAAAAUGGCUACUUAUGAAACUAAUUUACUAUCUUAUUAGAUUUGCCUUUCAUUUGUAUGAAUAUGUAACUGAUGGUGCCUGAAUGUAGGCUAUACAGGGUCCUUCUAAACUAGCUACAUUCCGUUUAAUGGGGGCAUCUAUACGGUACACUGAACAAGUUCACCAAAUUUUCAGUAGGUAGGUAUGUGUAUUAUAAUGAUUUUACAAAGUUACAUUUUCUGGCAAAAAUAAAAAUUCAUUGCGUCUUACAUAAUGGAA